AUGGAGAGCGGAGGAACUACUGGCCCUUUGCUGUUCGCGGUCUUGGCAGCGGUAUUGGGGAUGCUCCAAUUCGGUUUCAACACUGGAGUGAUCAACGCGCCGAAACAGUUCAUCGAGAACUUCAUCAGAGAUCAAUACAAUGUCGCUCCUGACUUAAUCUUCGGUGUGAUCGUCAGUAUCUUCGCAGUUGGCGGUAUGAUAGGUUGCCCUUUGGCCAGCUGGAUUGCCGACAAACGUGGCCGCAAAUUUGCGUUAUUAGCUAACGCCAUUUUCGGCGUGAUAGGCGGCCUUUUAAUGGGCUUCAGCAAAGCCGGGAUGUCGGUAGGGAUGCUUAUAGCUGGCAGAUUUUUCAUCGGUGUCAAUUGCGGUUUUGCCACAACCGCAUCUCCUACUUACGUAUCCGAGAUAGCACCUUUAAGGCUACGCGGUGCAUUCGGCACCGUUAAUCAAUUAGCAGUCGCAUUUGGCCUUGUAGGUGCACAGAUUUUGGGUAUUGACGUUAUUCUGGGCAGUGACGAUGGGUGGCCAUUCCUACUCGGCUUAGCUGUGUUGCUAUCAGCAGUUCAAUGUUUGAUGUUACUGUUCACACCAGAAUCUCCAAGGUACCUCUUACUAGUACAAAGAGACGAAGAAAAGGCGAGGGAAGUGCUAUCAAAACUCCGGGGCACCGGUGAUAUUGAUGACGAGAUCAACGAAAUGCACGCAGAAGACAGGGCUGCAAAGGAAGAAGUGAAAUUCACUAUUGGAGAUUUGUUCCGGAUCAAGGCUUUGCGAACACCUCUUAUUAUUGGGGUUGUGAUGCAUCUUUCACAACAGUUGGGCGGUAUUAACGCUGUUCUAUAUUAUUCAUCAACGAUUUUCGAAAACGCGGGUCUCACAGUCGAGAAUGCUCGAUUGGCGACCAUUGGUGUUGGAAGCAUUCUUUUCAUAAUGGCCUUGGUUUCAAUUCCGUUAAUGGACCGUCUCGGAAGACGCACUCUACAGCUUUGCGGUCUAGGAGGUAUGGCGGUCUCUUCCGUGCUAAUGACCGCUGCAUUUUUCACGUACAAAGAUAACUUUACUAUGAGCAUUUUUGCUGUCAUCUUCACUCUGUUGUACGUCGCAUUCUUCGGCGUUGGCCCGAGCUCGAUUCCCUGGAUAAUUCUUUCCGAGCUCUUCGGUCAGGGUGCUAGGAGCGCCGCAGUCAGUGUUGGAGCCGCCGUGAAUUGGUUCGCUAACUUUAUCGUCGGUCUUGUAUUUAUUCCUCUAACGAACGUGCUCAAUAAUCUGGUGUUCUUGCCUUUUACGAUACUGUUAAUCAUUUUCUAUGUGUUCGUUUACUUCAAAUUGCCGGAGACGAAGAACAGGACCGUCGAAGAAGUUACGGCUGAAUUCAAAGAGUAG